GCAGCAGUAGCAGCAAUAUGGCUGUGGAUGGGUGUUCGGGGUGGCGCUGGCGGCGGGAGGAGCUCCCCCGAGCCCCUGCGCCGGCUGCCCGUUGCUAGCUAUGGCAAAUGGUGGCGGCGGCGGCAGCGGCGGCGGCGGCGGCGGCGGCGGCGGUGGAGGCAGCAGUCUUAGAAUGAGUAGCAAUAUCCACGCGAACCAUCUCAGCCUAGACGCGUCCUCCUCCUCCUCCUCUUCCUCCUCCUCCUCUUCCUCCUCGUCCUCGGUCCACGAGCCCAAGAUGGAUGCGCUCAUCAUCCCGGUGACCAUGGAGGUGCCGUGCGACAGCCGGGGCCAACGCAUGUGGUGGGCUUUCCUGGCCUCUUCCAUGGUGACUUUCUUCGGGGGCCUUUUCAUCAUCUUGCUCUGGCGGACGCUCAAGUACCUGUGGACCGUUUGCUGCCACUGCGGGGGCAAGACGAAGGAGGCCCAGAAGAUUAACAAUGGCUCAAGCCAGGCGGAUGGCACUCUCAAGCCAGUGGACGAAAAGGAGGAGGCGGUGGCAGCCGAGGUCGGCUGGAUGACCUCCGUGAAGGACUGGGCGGGAGUGAUGAUAUCGGCCCAGACACUGACUGGCAGAGUCCUGGAUCAUGGGUAG